AUGUCUCUGAAGACUGGGCGUCUGUUUGGAGGUGUUGAGGGAGGUGGGACAUGUUCAAAAUUGGUUGUGGUUGACGAUGAUGGUAAUGUUCUACUAUCGCGUACUUUUGGAGGCUUAAACUAUCAUAUCGUUGGAUUGGAGAACGCCGUUGAUCGAGUAGCAACCGUAAUACUAGAAGCCCUAGCUGAGACUUGCGGUGUUAGGAAACUGACUGGUCUGGGUCUAGGACUUUCGGGAGCAAAGGAUGGGUCCACCCAAAAUGAAGAAUUUGUUCGUAUUUUUAAAAACAAAUAUCCUGAUGUUUCUGAAAACGUUUAUCUUACUUCGGAUACGCUGGGAACUUUGAAGGCUAUUUUACCAAACGGUGGCGCAGUAGUAAUCUCAGGUACUGGUUCUUCCUCUCUAUUGAUGCUUAAUGAACAUGUUUAUCGCUGUGGAGGUAAUGGUCAUCUGGUUGGUGAUAGAGGAAGUGGAAUCUGGAUUGCACUUCGAGCUAUAAGAUAUGUCUUGGACGAUGCAUCUGGCUGGGAAAUGCCGCCGCAUGAUUGCACCUUAGUGCGCAAUCUUUUGCAUAGUUAUUUUGAGAUCGAGGAUGAUUUAGAAAUUUUAAAUCACCUAUACAAGUCUUUCUCAAAGCCUAAAGUAUCUGGUUUUUGUAAAGAACUGUCCAAAUAUGGAAGUGACAAACUGGUCGCUGCUAUUUUUAAUGAAGCUGGGGUCCUACUGGGACGUCACAUAGACAUAAUAGCAAAAAAAGCUAUUCAACAAGGAAUAAAUAUUGAUUGCCUGGAAAUAGUGGCGGUUGGAUCAGUCUUUGAAAGUUGGAAUUUAUUGAAAAAAGGUUUCAUUAAAGGAGUAUCAGGCGAUAAUGGCUCUCCUGCAAUUUCAGAAAUGAGAGUUUAUGCUGUUAAAGGGACUGUAGCUAAAGGGCUUGCAUAUAUGGCUAGUAAAGAAGCGAACUUUCCGUUUCAAUACGAUUUCGAAGCUUCCAGAACCCUGCUUUGUGCCCACAAAUUUACUUAG